AUGCCGGUCGCCAUGCUCCCUGCCUGCUUCCUGGGCCUGCUGGCCUUCACCUCCGCCUGCUACUUCCAGAACUGCCCUCGGGGAGGCAAAAGGGCCCUGUCUGACUUGGAGCUGAGACAGUGUCUCCCCUGCGGCCCCGGGGGCAAAGGGCGCUGCUUCGGGCCCAGCAUCUGCUGCGGCGACGAGCUGGGCUGCUUCGUGGGCACUGCCGAGGCGCUGCGCUGCCAGGAAGAGAACUACCUGCCAUCGCCUUGCCAGUCCGGCCACCAGCCAUGCGGGAGCGGGGGCCGCUGCGCCGCCGCCGGCAUCUGCUGCAACGAUGAGAGCUGCGUGACCGACCCCGAGUGCCGGGGGGACUCCGGCUUCCACCGCCGUGCCCGUGCCAGCGAACGAAGCAAUGCGACCGAGCUGGACGGGCCGACCGGCGCCUUGCUGCUGCGGCUGGUGCAGCUGGCGGGGGCGCCCGAGCCCGCGGAGCCCGCCCGGCCCGGCGUCUACUGA